UCUUUGUCGGAAGAGGCGUUUUUGGCGCGAGUCUAUUUGAUUGCCAUCUGCAGCGCGCUAAUCUGAGUCCUCACUUGUGACUUAUUUUUGAAGAUUUUUUAAAUAAAAUAAAUAUUUGACUUGUUUAUUCGACGCAUAUAGGAAGAGUUUUGUGGACAACAUGCAGCGCAGUAUCGCAUUUUUUUUCCAGCCCAAGGCAAAGGACAAGGAUGUUCAGAAGAAAGCCAGAAACGAGCAAGUGAAAAAGCCUGUCAAAAGCCCACUCAAGGCCCAAAACGCGGUCCUCCAGGAUGACUCGCCGGUCAAGAAGGUUGCCAAACGCAGCCGGCGAAUUCUGGACAGCGAUGAUGAUGAUGAUGAUGAUAAAGAAGAAGUGAACACUGCCAAACAAGUCAAAGACCAUCUCCUCAAGGCAGUGCCAACACCCAUGUCUCCUCCGCCGGCCCCCGCCACGCCUGCCACACCCUCCACAUCCCCGAGCACCCCCAACUCCACCUCGUCUUCUGGAGGCACCAACAUGCGCAAGACGGCCAGGAAGAUGUUCCCCAAGAGGAAACUGGAUGACAGCGACAGUCUAAAGGAGGACGAGGCUGCCAGCGAAAAGACUGACGCUGUCGUGGAGAGGCAGCAGAACAAACGAGCUCGCGUGGACGGAGACGACGGUGACAACACGGAUGAGGUCGCCGAGGAAGAAAGAGAUGAGGAGGCGGCGGUGGAGCAGGUGAGGACGCCGGACAAAGACGGAGAGACGGCAGAGGAGGUGGACAAAAAGCUCAAUAGAGAGGAGCAGAAGAAAGACGAGGUCACAAAAGAGGAAGCUGAGAAAGCGCCAGUCAGCAGCUUCUUUGCUCCCAGAAAGGCUGCGGCCAAGACCCCGAACAAGAGUGCAGAGAAGAAGGCGAUGACGGCGACCGUGAUGAUUUCCUCCCCGGAGAAAGACGGCAAAGACGCCAAAAGCGAGUCGACAGAAACGGACUACAACCCGUCCAGGCCCAACUACCACCCGUUGGAGCACGCCUGCUGGAAGGAGGGACAAAAAGUGCCUUACCUGGCGGUGGCUCGCACCUUUGAGAAAAUCGAGGAGGACUCUGGCAGACUGAGGAACGUCGAGACUCUGGCCAACCUGUUCCGCUCGGUGCUUCUGCUGUCUCCAGAUGACUUGCUGUGCUGCGUGUACUUGUGUCUGAACCAGUUGGGCCCCGCCUACCUCGGCAUGGAGCUUGGCAUCGGGGAGACGGUGCUGAUGAAAGCUGUUGCGCAAGCCACAGGACGACAACUUGACAAGAUCAAAGCGGAGGCCCAGGAGCGCGGCGACCUUGGUCUGGUGGCCGAGAGCUCCCGAAGUAACCAGCGCACCAUGUUCAGGCCGGCCAGCCUGACGGCCAGCGGCGUCUUCAAGAAGCUCAAGGAGAUUGCAAGCAUGAGCGGCAACUCGGCCAUGAAUAAGAAGAUCGACAUUAUCAAAGGACUCUUUGUAGCCUGCCGCUUCUCCGAGGCCCGCUACAUCGUCAGGUCGCUCGCCGGCAAGCUGCGGAUCGGACUGGCCGAGCAGAGCGUCCUGUCUGCGCUGAGUCAAGCCGUGUGCCUCACCACACCCCAGAAAGGCACGUCCCCAGCCGUGAUGGACGUCGGCAAAGGGAUGACCACGGAGAGCAGGCGGGCUUGGAUCGAAGAGAAGUCUCUCAUUCUCAAGCAGACUUACUGCGAGAUGCCCAACUACGACAUCCUUCUCCCCGUCCUCCUUCGAGAAGGCAUCGACCAGCUUCCCAAUCACUGCAAGCUCACCCCAGGCGUACCCCUGAGGCCAAUGCUGGCACACCCCACUAAGGGAGUCGGGGAGGUGAUGAAACGCUUCGACGAGGCCGCAUUCACCUGCGAGUACAAAUACGAUGGCGAGCGUGCACAGAUUCACGUCCUGGAGAGUGGCGAGGUUCGCAUAUUCAGCCGCAACCAGGAAGACAACACUAGCAAGUACCCUGACAUCAUCUCUCGUAUCCCCAAGGUGAAGAAAGACUCGGUGGUCUCCUGCGUGCUGGACGCAGAGGCGGUGGCCUGGGACCACGAGAAGAAACAGAUCCAGCCAUUCCAGGUCCUCACCACACGCAAGAGGAAGGACGUGGAUGCCGCCGACAUCAAAGUCCAAGUGUGCGUGUACGCCUUUGAUCUGCUCUACCUGAAUGGAGAGUCCCUGGUACGACAGCCGCUGCGUCGCCGUCGGGAGCUACUGCGAGAGUCCUUUAACCAAGCGGAGGGCGAGUUUUUAUUCGCCCGAUUCAUCGACUCGGACAACACGGACGCCAUCGCCGAGUUCCUGGAGCAGUCUGUCCGAGACUCGUGCGAAGGCCUGAUGGUGAAGACUCUGGAGAAGGACGCUACCUAUGAAAUCGCCAAGCGCUCCCGUAACUGGCUCAAGUUGAAGAAGGACUACCUGGAGGGCGUCGGCGACACGGUGGACCUGUGUGUCAUCGGCGCCUACCUGGGCAAAGGCAAGCGGACGGGCACGUACGGCGGCUUCCUGCUGGCCUGUUACGACCAAGACAACGAGGAGUUCCAGUCUGUCUGCAAGAUUGGGACCGGCUUCAAGGACGAAGAUCUGGAGCAGCACCACAAGUUCUUGAAGGAACACAUCCUGGCCAAGCCCCGCCCCUAUUACCGCGUGGACCAAUCGGCCGAGCCAGAUGUGUGGCUGGACGCGGUGCAGGUCUGGGAGGUGAAGUGUGCCGACCUGUCGCUGUCGCCCGUCUACAAGGCUGCCAUGGGAAUGGUGGAUCCAGAGAAGGGAAUCUCCCUGCGUUUCCCUCGCUUCCUUCGCGUGCGAGAUGACAAGAAGCCCGAAGACGCCACCAGCGGAGCUCAGAUCGCCGACCUGUACAAGAAGCAGCAGCAGAUCCAGAAUCAGGGAGACAAAGGCGACUUGGAGGAAUACUAUUGACCAGGUCACAAUGCCCAUGCGUCGUUGAGAUCAGCCUGAAUGUAAAUCUAAAUGUAUUUUUGACAACUUGAAUAGAAAUAAAAGCUUGUUCUACACAUCCUGA